AGGGUAUUUCUAGUUUUUACAAAAUGCAUUUGAAGUAUACUAGCUUGUUUGCCUUUUUGGCAAUACUUUCCCUGUCUGGGGCCUACAAAAUAACACCGAAUGUUAUUGAUGGUGUUCCUGGGUUCCUGAAUAUUACCACAGCUCCAUUUGUAAAGAUCGGCUCCAAUUAUUACUUUAUUGAAAGUAAUGGAGCUAAUUGGUAUGCUGCCUUCGAGUCAUGCAAACAAAAGGAUGCUGAUUUAAUAGCGUUUGAAAGCUUAGAGGAAUUGCAGCUUAUAUCUCAAUACCUUAUUAAUAACAAUAUGGCUGCAUAUUAUUGGACCUCGGGCACUGAUUUGGCCAAACAGGAUAAACACGUUUGGUUUUCGAAUGGACGACCCGUGGCUUCGGAUUUAUGGCGCAAGGGAGAGCCAAAUAAUGAAAAUGAUGAGGAACACUGCGAUGAGCUGAAAAUCGAACCGGGUGUAGGUGUGGGUCUGAAUGACAGGAGGUGCUCUUAUAUUGAUGGAUACAUUUGCAAGGCACCCCAGCCAAAAACAGCUUCUUUUAUCGUGUGGUAGAUUGUCCACAAAAUUAUAGGAAGAGUUUUGUUUAAGUCCGAACAUCUGUCAAUAAAAUAAUACCCAACAUUG